CGCUCCAGACGUAUGGAGCUGUACACCAAGCAGUCUCUGAAGACCGUCCAGCAGCACGUCUCUUCCAUCAGCAUGAGAGUUAAAAACUACAGGUCUCAGAAGCUGGAACAGGUCAGGGGUGUUCUGCUGAAGGAGAUCAACAACUUGGAGGAGGACGAAUCCACUCUAAAGAACAUGGAGAAGGAACUGACUACAUACUGGAGGAAGCAGUCUGUGGCUUUCCAUUCCUACCAGGAGAAAGAGACUAGAAGACUGCAGAGCCUCAAGAGUACCUUCCAGACCGAUGUGUGUCACAGCCUGGAGUACGAGGAGAGGAUCUUCACCUCUCAGAUGUGCCUGAUGAGGAAAGACAUGAAGUCAGUUCAGGACAGACUCUUCAAGGAAAUGCAAGACGAGGAGAUAAUGAGUGUGAGGAGAGGACUACAGGCUCUUUUCCUGCCAGAGGGACCAAGAUUUUAAACCCAAAUCAAGUACCUCUGCACAUUUAUAAGAUAUGUUUGUGUUCUGUGAAGUUUGCCCGUCAUUCUACGUUAGCUGUAAUCAAAUUUAAUAUAUUAAGCAUAAGUUAAAGAAAUAUA